CCGCGAAGCUUCUUCCUUUUCCUUUCGGCCAUUUUCCCCCCGUAGAGGGAUUAAGCAGCCAUGGCCCCCAGCAGGAAUGGCAUGAUCUUGAAGCCUCAUUUCCACAAGGACUGGCAGAGACGAGUGGCCACUUGGUUUAACCAGCCCGCCAGGAAGAUCCGCAGGCGAAAGAUACGUCAGGCCAAAGCACGACUGAUCGCACCAAGACCUGUUGCAGGACCCGUCAGGCCGGUGGUAAGAUGUCCCACUGUCAGAUAUCACACCAAGAUUCGAGCUGGUAGAGGCUUCAGCCUGGAGGAGCUUAAGGCUGCUGGCAUCAACAAGAAAGUUGCCCGCACCAUUGGCAUCGCUGUGGACAAACGCCGUCGUAACAAGUCUACAGAAUCCCUGCAGACCAAUGUGCAAAGGCUGAAGGAGUACCGCUCCAAACUGAUCAUCUUCCCACGCAAACCCUCCGCUCCUAAGAAGGGAGACAGCUCUGCUGAAGAGUUGAAGAUGGCCACCCAGCUGAAGGGCACUAUCAUGCCAAUCCGCCAAACUUUCAAGAAAGAAAAGGCAAGAAUUAUCUCAGAAGACGAGAAGAACUUCAAAGCCUUCGCCAGUUUGCGUAUGGCACGCGCCAACGCACGCCUCUUUGGCAUCCGCGCCAAGAGAGCCAAGGAAGCUGCAGAACAGGAAGUGGACAAGAAAAAGUAAAACUAUCCCUGGAACUGUUAAUAAACAAAAGUUGU